AUGACUUCUGAUAUUCCUCAGUUUGUUCUUUAUCUAUCUAUCUAUCUAUCUAUCUAUCUAUCUAUCUAUCUAUCUAUGUCUCAUUCUCAAAACGUGCUUCUCUGUUUACAUAUAUAUGACUGUUCCUAUCUAUCUAUCUAUCUAAUAUAUAACUGUUCCUAUCUAUCUAUCUAUCUAUCUAUCUAUUGUGUUCCUUUAUCGUCUAUCUCACAAAAUAUUCAUAUCAAUUUAAAAGCCUGUCUAUCUGUUCAUCUCAGUCUAUCUUCUGUUCCUAUCUACAGAUCUAAGAAUAUCUUCAGAUAUGCAGAUACGGCCGCUGACCACCCUCGAAUAAAUGGCAUCAUAAGACUGUGUUGCGCCAGGAGACUGUCCAACCGUCAUAAUUUCUUCGUAUCUCGGUCAACCCGUUUCUCUCUGCCCCCCCCCAGCAGCCUUUCCUUUUUAUUUUAUUAUCACCAUCACACGAUUUCGUUUCUCUUUUGA